AUGGCUCCACAGUCUCUUAUCAAGGAAACUGAUAAUGAAAACUUAAUUGAAAGACCUGCUGAUGUACAAACGCCUUGCUUUUUGACCUUACCAUUAAAUGUGCGUCAAAAGAUAUAUCAUUUCGCUCUUGUUCCGGAGCGUGUCUUCAUCAAGCCAUUUGUCCCAACGUGCUUCAGGUCGGGCAAUGAUGAGCAGAAAAAGUACGAGAAACCAAAUCUCGCUGUUUUACGUGUCUGUAAACAGAUUUACGAGGAAGCAGCUGUAGUGUUCUAUAAAGAAAAUAAGUUUUCGAUCGUCGUCCCGGACUUUCUACUCUGCAUGAUUCAGAAAUACCCGCGCCUCGCGCAAAACAUCAAGCUUAUUCGCCAUGUGGAAAUCAUAUUUGAUAUUUGCGACUUCCAUUAUCUCACUGGUGUGUUUCGUGUUCAGUUGGAGAUGAUGGGUCAGACUAUAACGCGUCAAGAGGAUAAAUUCCCUGCUGGCAAACCGGCUGCAAAGAAGAUCUUUGCUGUCAGUGCACGUCUCGCAGGUGCGGAGGAAUACAUAGUUGGCAAGGGCAGUGGAGACAAUACCAAAUGGGACGACGAGGGUGACGGCACCGAAGGUCAUGACGCCGAAAUCAAUAAGGGAAGCGAGAAUGGACCGGCACAACAUGUCGAAGAUACAGAUGGAAAUGAAUGCAAAGUGGAAGUCCACUGCCAGGGCGCCGAAGCAAGCACGCAUUCUUUCUCUUCAGACUAUACGACCGAUACCACUCCCACUUUUCUGGAUUCAGCCCAUGAGAAAGACAUUGCAAGGCUCAAUGAUCUUCUUUGGGGCCGAACCCUAACAUUCAUUCGCCAGCGCCUGCAGUUAGAACAUAUUUACAUGGAUUUUAAAGGUUGUUUCUGCCCUGGUGGGUGCUGUCGUCCUAUCAGUCAUGCCAUGGAAUGGGGAAUUAUCAAGCAUUUCCGCCAUGGUAUACCCAAUUUUGUGUCCAUUAGUGGGGCAAGCGAAGCAGAACGCGAGGAAGUUGUCGACAUUCUUCAUAAGCAGCGUCUGACCAGGAGGGUUGUCGAAAAAAUGUCAAUGGGCGAAAAUGCCGAUGAAGAGUUUGAAAAUACGCAAAGAGGCAAAACAGGUGAUGGAAAGGAGGAAGUACGGAACGAAGCAGAAAAGGUCGGCAAGGAGGUGAAGAUGGAUCCGCCCAACUCGCCAAAGAGGAAAGUUCACAGAGAAGACGUUGCAGAUGGGGAUGGGAAGGACGCAGAAGAGAGGAUCGAGCCCGCACUGAAGAGUAAGGGUAAGGAGAAGCAGAAUCCGAAGGACACGGAUGCUACAGAAGACGCUUCCCUGCACAACGUUGGAACAGCCCCUACAUGCUAA